AUGGUCACUACACGAGGCGGAACGGAAACGCCAGGCGCGCCGACGCCGACACCAACACCACGCAGCUCGACGAGGAAAGCAGCAGGAAAGCGAGAACUCGAGUCGCUAGAAACCCCGACACAAGCAAAGAGGCAGCGGAAGUCUGCGUCUACACCCUCGUCCAAGAAGAGAACUACUCAAAAGGCGUCUGAGGCGGACGCGCCUUCGCAAGAGUCUGCAGACAACACCUCUGACACCGUCGCCCUCAACGCGUCUGCAACAGAAGACCCCCAGACACCAAAAAAGGAUGACCUUGCACCACUCGGACAUCGAUCCAGCCCUCACGUUGUAGUCAGCAGGAAGUCGCCGGACGACUCUACGGCCACAGACAGCUUCGGGGAGAGCAAAGACGAGGCCCCGGCAACUUCACAGAACCCGUCUUUCUACACACCCGCACAGCAGCCUGGCUCUGGCUCUGUAUAUGCGACACCGGCUACAACAUUCAAACAGCAGCCUGAAGGAUCACCUACACCGAAGGCCAAGACGGCAAAUCGUCAGACACCCGCAUCGACGUCAGCGAAGAAGGGCAAGGGGCGCCCCAAGAAGGUCGCAGAAACACCAUCCAAGUUCCCCGACGAGAUCCCAACGUCCUCAUACGAAAGUAACGCUGCUCCGAUACCCUCGCAAGAUCACGUUCUUCCUUCUGCACAACCCAAGAAAGCGCACAAGCGCUUUGGUAGUGAGGAGCUUGCACAAGCGCAAGAGUCGCUCGUCGUGAACGAGCAGAGCGAUAAGCGACACGAAGAGCCUACUACCCAAAUGAAUCAAGUAGAUGAAGACGAAGCUAGCGACUCGGACGACGAAGCGCCUGAGGUAGUCACAACAGCCGCUGCAAGUUCCAAGGCACAAGCUGUGCAAGCCGAAGCUGAUCGCGCACAAAAAGCCCAGCAAGAAAAAGAACGGGCCAAGCGACAAGCGCGCGAAGAACUCAUCGCCGCCCAACAAGCUGCAAAGCGCGAGCGUGAGGAGAAGAAGGCAAAGAAACUAGCAAAGAAGGCUGCCAGGGAAGCAAAGACCAAUGCCGACUCGGACGUUGAAGGAUCUGAGCCCAUGUCGCGAAUGGACAUUGAUAUAACCAAUGGUCUACUACCCACGUCCCUCCUCGAAACCAUCGACGACCAACGCCCUCCCACACCGCCGCCCGAGCGUCGCGGAAAGACCGAAGAAGAGCUCAGGAAGGAGAAGCUCAACCAUCAUAUCAAGUUCCUCGAGCGUGUUGACAAGCCGGCAAAGGACGUAAAGAAGGGCAAGCUCAGUGUAGCGGUGUUGGCUCAGCAGAACAGGGUGCUACCACCCAAGGUCAACAGGAAUACAAAGAAUGUACGCGAACACUGGUUAAAGGGUCGUGAAGUGGAGAAGACGCGCGUGAAGCCUGGCGUUAGGUUCGGGAAGAAGAUGGAGAGGAGGCCGCAUGCUAGCCGGGGUUUCUUGAGAAACGGUGAUGACUAG